CCAUCCAUCUAUAGCCCCAGCUGGCACGCUUCGCGCGCGCGUUUCAGCGGUUUCGUUUAACGCUAGUCCGCUUUCCGUCUGACUGUUCCUUAAAUGUUACUGUUUCUGGUAAUAAUUGGGACGAUUUCAUUCACCCGGACAUGCUCCUCUAUGCCCACAGUUGAGCACAAGACCCUGGCUUUGCUGGCGGCAUGGACGAAGAGUGGCAAGACGACUCCCUGCUGUCUUCGGCCAUCGAGCGGAUCGAGCGGAGAGAGGCGCUCUCGCCGUUGCCUGGAGCGGGGAGCCUCGAUGUCCGCUGGGGGGAGACUUCCCUGCGGAGCUCCCCAACGUGCUCGCUGCUCAACCGGAUCAAGGAGAAGCUGCGGGAGAACACGCGACGCUCCCUGAACCUUUCGCUGAGCCCCGGGGUCGAGGCCUUUCCCCAGGACUUCUUUGGCCUGCCCCCUAUGGUACAGGGCCUGCUCAAGCUGCACCGGGGCAUCACGGACCUGUACGAUUGGCAGAAGGAGUGCCUGCAGCUGGCCCAGCGCAGUGGCCGACGCCACCUGGUGUACUCGCUGCCCACCAGCGGCGGCAAGACCCUGGUGGCCGAGGUGCUGUCCCUCCAGGAACUGCUUCUGGCCAGCCGCAGCGUGCUCUUCGUGCUGCCCUACGUGUCCCUGGUCCAGGAGAAAGUCCGUGACCUGUCGCCCCUGGCCGUGGACCUGGGGUUCCUGGUGGAAGAGUAUGCGGGGGCCCGGGGUGCCCUGCCCCCUGUGCGCCGCCGCCAGCGCUGCGCCGUCUACGUGGCCACCAUCGAGAAGGCACACUUCCUCGUGGACGCCCUCACGGAGCUCGGCAGGCUUUCCGAGCUGGGACUCCUGGUUGUGGACGAGCUGCAUAUGCUGGGGGACGGAAGCAGCAGGGGAGCUACCCUGGAGAGCACCCUGGUCAAGGUCAAGAGGGUCUCUGGAAGCACCCGGAUCGUGGGCAUGAGCGCCACGCUCGGCAACAUGGAGGACCUGACGACCUUCCUCGGUGCGGACGUCUUCGUGGGCUCCUUCCGACCGGUGGAGCUUCGGGAGUAUGUGAAGGUAGACAACUCGGUUGUGGAGCUGGUGGGGGGCGAGUUUCAGCAGCAGACAGCCCGUGCCCUGCCCAAGGGUUCCCCUGAAGACCCCGAGCAUCUGUCGCUGCUGGUCGGAGAGGUGGUCCCGCAGCACGCCUGCCUCAUCUUCUGCCCCACCAAGAAAAACUGCGAGAGCGUCGCCUUGCUCCUCUCGCGCUCCCUGCCCAGGGCACUCAAGGAGCACCGGGGCCCAGAGAAGGAGUCCCUGUUGAAGGCCCUGCGGGCAGAGUGCGGAGGCCGGUUGUGCCGGGUACUGCGCCACACGGUGCCCCUGGGGGUGGCCUACCACCACAGUGGGCUUACCCUGGAGGAGCGGAGGCUGCUCGAAGAGGCCUACUCCUCGGGUGUGCUCUGCUGCCUCGCCUGUACCUCCACCCUGGCCGCAGGGGUCAACCUGCCAGCCAAGAGGGUGGUGGUGCGCUCACCGUACACCGGCACGGAGUUCCUGACACGCAGCCGUUACCAACAGAUGUGUGGCCGAGCAGGCAGGGCGGGCCUCGAUUCCUCGGGGGAGAGCAUUCUGAUCGUGCCUCCGGGCCAGAAAGACAAGGUGUUGUCCCUUCUGCGUGCGCCCAUGGAAACGUGUCGAUCGAGCCUGCUGCAGGACAACCGGCUCGACAUGCUGCUACUGAGCGUCAUCGGGCUUGGGGUGGCCUCUACGGAAGCCGCAGUGGCGGAGGUGCUGGACUCGAGCCUGCUCGCGCUCCAGCUGCGUCAAGAAGGGACCGACGUCGGGCAGGUGCUGGCGGAAUCCCUGGGACGCCUGCGCGCCCUGGGCCUGCUCAAGGGGGGGUCCGUCCUGGCAACAAGCUCCCUCGGCAGGGCGGCCUUCAAGGGCUGCGUGGACCCGGCCCGAGCGCAGCACCUGCACGCGGAGCUGUGGUCCUCGCUGGAGGCCCUAUCAUUGCGCUGCCACAUUCACCUGCUGCACGUAGUGGCACCGCGGGGAAUGGGCGCACCUCCCCAGCUGAGGAUCGAGCCCUCCCAGUACUACCGCCACUACAUGGAGUUAGGCACGGAGGAGCAGCGGGCCGCUCAGUCCCUGGGAAUCGACGAGGCCCUGGUGACGCGCAUGGCCGGUGGCAGGGCACUCAAGGCGGAGGAGCGUAGCCUGCUGGAGCGCUUCCAGCUGACCCUGCAGCUGAACGACCUGUGGCACCAGCGCAGUGUCUGGGACGUAGCCGCCAAGUUCGGCCAGCCGAGGGGGCAGGUGCAGGCACUGCUGGCCUCGGCCGCCGCCUUUGCCUCGGCCCUGGCCCACUUCUGCCAGGAGCUGCCCGAGCUGUGGGCGUACCGGGCACUGCUGCCGGACUUUGCCGAGCGGCUCUCGCAUUGUGCCAGUACGGAGCUGCUGCCUCUGCUAGAGCUGCCCUGCGUGCGCAAGGGACGUGCACGUCAGAUGCACCAGGCGGGGCUGCGCAGCGUGCGCGACGUGGCUUGCACAGAGCCCCGUGACCUGAUGCGCCUGCUGGCACCCAUACCUUUCAGGGUGUCCCAGCAGGUGGUGUCGGCUGCCAAGCUGCUCCUGCUGAAGAAGGCAGAGGACCUGCAGGAGGAGGCUGAAGAGGUGCUGGUGGGCAUGGUCUGAGUCUCCCGAGGAGUGUGUAAACAAAGACAACUAGCUUUAUUGGUCAAUAACUUAGCACACCUCUCAGCCACGCACACAGGCAAAACACGGGCAGCAGCGCGCACUACGUAUCUUGCUGCUUGUAGAAAAACAGUCCCUCCCCCACCCCGUCCCCCGCCUGGCUUCACUCCCGGCGGGGCCGCCGUCUCCGUGGGGACCGCUUGGCGUCGCCCGCUCCUCCGUCCACGUCCUCCUGCAAGACGGAGACCGUCAUAGUAAAGUCCAAUGCGGUGAUUGGUCACGUGGAUAGAGAAUGCUUAUGCACCGUUGCAGAUUGUUUAUAUCGGUGCGGCCGUUCUUGAUAGUCGGUGGCCGGAACAUAAAAUAAAAAGCUGCGUCGAUCGCUUCCUGACAUCGUGCA